AUGGACGUGCGCGUCUCAGUGCUGCGCCGCAUCGGCGCGCGCAAGAGGACUGUGGGCUGCACCAUCCCCUACGUGGCCCAUCGCGGAAUCACCCUGGGACAGCUGCGCACCUUCAGCCGGAAGGCGCGGCGGCAGAUGCAGAAGGCGCACCUGGACAUCCCAUGGGAGGAGCUCACGGUACAGGACAUCUGCGACAUGGUGAUCAAGAAGGAGACGAUGCAGCGGAACUGUUCGUAUGUGGAGCUCAUCGCAGAUGGGCCGCAGAUCCCCCAGUACUGCGUCAACUACCAGUUUGGCCAGUACUUCGCAGAUGUGAUGUCUUCCCUGGAGUGGUUCGCGGAGGCCAUCGCCUUGCCAGACACUGCCGUUCUUUGGUUCAACCUCAUGGGCUACAACCAGCAUGACGUCACCACGGAUCUGCACAAGUGCUGCUAUGACGGGAAGAAGCUGAGGAUGGAUAAAGCGCAGGUGGAGUGUCACAGUUUCAUCAUCUCGGCCGGAACCCAGGCUGGGACCAAGAGUCCCGAGAGCGGUGCACCCGAGCCUUUCAGCAUGUCCCGGGCAUGGCGGUUGUACAGCUUGGAGUGUGCCACCAGGGCAGGCCAGGAUAUCUACGUGGCUUGCAAGUCGGGGAUCAUGGCCUGCACCAGGCUCUUCCCGAACGGCACCUCCAAAUAUGGCAGCCUGGACCCAUGGGUCACCGAGACCAUGUACCACAUCGACGUGAACAAGGUCGCCUGCUCCCGGGAAGAGUGUGCCAAAGACAUCCUCCUCUUCAUCAAUGAUGGCCCGGCAGCCUGUGGUCAAGCCAAGCUACAGAGACGCAUGAAGCGUUGGGCAGCCUGUCACUUGGUACCUUUCGGUGCUUCGUCCCCUGACUCUUUGACCAGGACCAACUUGGAUGAGCUGUGCUGUCUCAGGGGAUUCAGCAUCAAUUCCCUGAUGGCGAAGUCCAGUUUGGGCCAGUCCAGUCUGCAUGAGGCAGUGGCCGCUGACUCUGUUGAGCUGGCGGAGAAGAUGCUGGCCCACGGCUGUCUGGUUAACGCAACAGAUUCCAUGCAGGAGACGCCCUUACACUAUGCCGCCAUGCGGGGGAACAUUGAGAUGAUCUUUCUUUUGCUGAGGGCCAGGGCAGAUGUACACAUGGAGUCCAGGUAUGGGGAGGCGCCCUAUGAUGUCGCGAAACAGAAUGUGGCUGCCUUCAUUCACAACCGGGACUCGUCAGAAAUCAUGUCCAUCCUUUGUGCUGAAUACCUGAAGGAUCAAGCAGGGAUGCCAAGUUGA